AUGUGCGCAACUCACGAUUUCGCCCGUUUCAGAAUCACAGCGUGCCACAGCGUGCCGCAGAGCGCGUCACCCAAGUUCGGUUGGAGCAGCAAGCUGACUGCUAUAUCAUCGAAUCUCUACUUUGGCCCUCGCGCAGAGGAUAAAAUUGCAGAGCUGGUCGCUCAACAUGGAGCAGUUCCGCCUCCUUAUUUCAUGUUCAAAGACACCGAUCCAUACAGCAUAUGCUGGCGUAUGGGCGCUGGCGAAGACUAUAUAGGAUUUUUCUUCAACUGGUGGGAGGAGGAAAAAAGAAGCCUGGACGAGUCACAACGAAUUGAGUAUUUUCGGAAAUGGCCACCGCCGCCUCGAUGGCUUGCGUGGAUGAUAGAGGUUAUUUGGGAUCUGAACCCUGAGGAUUUCGAUGACGACUAUGAUUACCUUGAGCCCUACUUCAAAUGCACUGAAGUACUUGGUUUUGGGGGUGAGAAUGACUAUCGACGCGACUGUGACGAAUAUGCCGAGAUACCAUGA